CCGUUCAAUGAGAUGUGACAUUACACUGAGAACCUCACAUGCCGUAUGGUAGUCAUUGACCUGCUGGAGGCGCUGAACGUCACCCGCUCCGUCCGGGGCGUCAGCAGGGCCGCGGGCCCCGAGCCGGGCGUGCCGGCCUGGAAGUUCCGCCAGCGGGUGCCCCACCUGACGCUGCCCUGGGACUACGCCGUCUACCUGCUGGCCAGCUCGCAGGGCGCCCUGGGCUUCCACUUCGUGGCCAGGCAGAGCCGGGGCUCGGCGGGCACCCUCAUCUCCCUGGUGUCGCCGGCCGCCGCCGCGCGGGACGGGCGCCCGCUGCUGCAGCUGGCAUCCAGCGCCCGCGCCAACCAGCUGCGGCUGGACUACCGCGCCGGGCCCGGCAUGGAGCCCGCCUCGCUGCUCUUCCCCGGAGGCAGCCCCUUGGCCCGGGGCCGCUGGGCCCGGCUGGCCCUCGACCUGCAGCCCCACCGCCUGGCGCUCUUCGUGGACUGCCACCCGGCUGUGCUCCUGGAGGGGGGCGGCCCGGGGGAUGCGCUCAGCCUGCUGCUGCCCCUCGACCUGCAGGUCACCUUCGCCAGCCUGCCCGGGGACGCGGCCAGCAAGUUCCUGGGAUAUUGGCAGACGGCUGAGAUCUCCCCCAGCGGGUUCCCACGCCGGCCGUGGCACUGCGAGAACCUGGCAGACCCCUUCCCCGUGCCACACACCCUGGUGGAGGAGGGGGACCUGGCCGAGCCCCCCUUUGAUCAAGGAUCCCCCCUGGCCCCGGAGCCGCCGGCCCUCGCCGACAUCCGCAACUACCAGCAGCAGCCCGGCGAGCCUGAGUUCCCCCCGGGGGUGGCACAGCCCCAGCCGGGCGCCCUGGAGGAGAGGGUGCAGCAGCUGGAGGAGCUGGUGGAUGGAUUCGGGGCCGCGCUGGACGAGGUCAAAGCGCAGAACUCGGAGCUGCUGGCCCGCGUGAAGUCCCUGGAGAGCUGCGAGUGCCGGCGGCCGGUGUGCGUGUGGGCGGGGACGCAGCGCGAGGACGGAGCCUCCUGGGACAAGGACGACUGCACCACCUGCGUCUGCCUGCAGGGGGCGGCGCGGUGCUCGGCGCGCCAGGACCGGCCCCAGUGCCUCGGCUGCGAGUACGACGGGCAGCGGUACCAGGACGGAGACGCCUUCCUGGCCACGUCCAACCCCUGCAUGAACUGCUCCUGCCUGGAAGGGAAUGUCCAGUGCUUCCGACUCGUCUGCCCGCAGCUCCACUGCGCCACCCAGGAGGAGGUGCCCGGGGCCUGCUGCCCCCGCUGCCAGGGCUGUGUGGACGGAGCCGCCCGGCGGGAGCACGGUGAGGAGUGGGCGCCGCGUGCAGACCCCUGCCAGAGCUGCCGGUGCUUGGAGGGCCGCGCCGUGUGCAGGAAGAGGCAGUGCGCCAGGCUGUGCCGUCACCCUGCCAGCCCCCGGCCGGGCACCUGCUGCCCCGUCUGCGACGGCUGCUCGCUGGACGGCCGGGAGUUUGCCAGCGGGGAGCCGGUGCCCAGCGGGGAGCCCUGCACCCAGUGCGCCUGCGUGAGCGGGAACGUGUUGUGCAAACCCACCGGCUGCCCGGCUGCCCCCUGCCCGGAGCCCGUCCGGAGACCUGGCGAGUGCUGCCCGCGGUGCCAGGACUGCCUCUCCGGCACCCAGCCCGUCCCGGACGGCGCCGUCUUCACCCCCCCGCAGGAGCCCUGCCUCCGCUGCCGCUGCCAGGCCGGGGAGGUGUCGUGUGAGCGCCUGGAGCAGAGCUGCCCGCCCGCACCCUGCAGCCACCCUGGCACCGCCCCGGGCCAGUGCUGCCCAGCCUGCCACACGUGUGAGUACGAGGGGCGCCCGUACCGGCACGGAGAGACCUUCACGCCCCCAGGCCAUGGGCCCUGCGCGCGGUGCACCUGCUCGGCUGGGCACGUGCGGUGCCAGGAAGAGGGGUGCCCCCCCGUGCCCUGCGCCCAGCCCAUCCGGGACCCCCAGCGCUGCUGCCCCAUCUGCAAAGUGUGCGUGGUGGCCGGGGAGGAGUUCGAGGAGGGGGCGCAGUGGGAGCCGGACGGGGACCCCUGCACCACCUGUACCUGCCUUGCCAGAGAGCCCGUCUGCGGUGCCCUGCCGUGCCCGCCCGUCGCCUGCCAGCACCCCGCCCGGCGGAGCGGCGACUGCUGCCCGACCUGUGCCCAGUGCGCCUACCACCAGCACGUCUACGCCAACGGGCAGCCCUUCGCCGACCCCCACAGCCCCUGCCAGCGCUGCCAGUGCACGGACGGGACCGUGCAGUGCUCGCCCGUCGCCUGCCCCCCGCCCAGCUGCCCCCGCCCGGAGAGGCAGCCCGGCCAGUGCUGCCCCACGUGCCCAGGCUGCAGCAUGGAGGGGGUCACGGUGGCGGCCGGCGAGCGGUUCCCCAGCCCGCGGGACCCCUGCCAGCUGUGUGUCUGCACCGCCGGGGACGUCAGCUGCUCUGCCCGCGACUGCCCCGGUGCCCUGUGCGCCCGCCCCCUGCCCGGCUCCUGCUGCCAGAACAACUGCAACGGCUGCAGCUACGGGGGGAAGGAGUACCCCAACGGCGCCGAGUUCCCACACCCCACGCACCGCUGCAAGCAAUGCCACUGCCUCAACGGCAACGUUCAGUGUCUGUCACGGCGCUGCCCCCCCCUGCUCUGCGCGGAGCCCAUUCUGGUGCCCGGCGGGUGCUGCCCCCAGUGCCCAGGCAAACCAGCCCAGCCGGCCAGAGGGGACUUGGGUCUCACUUCACUGGCUGACCACAAGUCCCACCAGCAAUUCCCUCAGACACUCCGGUUCCCCAGGAUCACCACCAGGGCCGCUCGUUAUGGGGACGAAUGGUUAUGGAAACCAACACCCCAGUACAAGAAAACGGUUCUCCUGAUCCCCAAGGACCAAGCCCCAGACCCAGGUCAAUAUACAAGUCAGGUGGCAGCCAGCGGGGAUUUGGUGCAAAUGUUCCGCCCAAACGCCGCUGGUCAGCGAAGACAUGGCCCAGACCAAGGGCGUUCGACCUUCGACCCUGGGCACCGGCACCUGCAGCUGGGGGAAGAGCCCCAUCUACCCAUUCCCCAGCCCCGAUCUCCAGCCCCGGGUGGGGACGUGCUCUGUGUGAUGGCCCCGUGCCCCCUGCUGACGUGCCCCCACCAGGUGAUAGAGCCCGGGGACUGCUGCCCCCGCUGCAAAGGCUGCAUGUACGAUGGGGAGGAGCACGCCAAUGGCACCAGCUGGUUCUCUUCCCCCUGCGUGUCCUGCCUGUGCAUCCACGGCAUCGCCACCUGCGCCCAGAUCCGCUGCCUCGGCUCCUGCCUCCGCCCCGUCCAGGUGCCCGGGGAAUGCUGCCCACUGUGUGCAGACUGCAUGUUCGAGGGCCGGCCGUACAGCCCCGGGGAGAGCUUCCAGCCGUCGCUGGACCCCUGCGAGAUCUGCACCUGUGAGCUGCUGGCGGCCGGGGGGCCGCACGUGCGCUGCUACCGCAGACAGUGCCCCAGCCUGGUGGGCUGCCCCAGGAGCCAGCUCCAGCCGCCCGGGCCGCACCACUGCUGCCCCACCUGUGCCCAGGCCUUGAGUAACUGCACGGCCGAGCUGGCCGGGAACGAGCUCCAGGCGGCCGACGACCCCUGUUCCACCUGCCAGUGCAAGGAUCUCACCUGGGUGUGCGUGCGCCAGGGCUGCCCGCAGCUCAGCUGCCCCCUCACUGAGCAGUUCACCGCCCAGGGCGCCUGCUGCCCCGUCUGCGACGAGUGCGUGAUAGAGACUGGAGGGCGCCGGGUGUCGGACGGUGAGAGCUGGACGGACAGCGAGGACGACUGCAUCAGCUGCACCUGUAAUCGGGGCCACGUGGAGUGCCACAUCGCAGAGUGUGAGCCCGUGGAGUGCCAGGGCGGCCUGCGGAGGGUGCGGAUGCCCGGCUCCUGCUGCUACGAGUGCCAAGACCCGGAUGGCUGCUGCUCCUACCAGGGCCAGCGGUACCAGGCCAGCGAGCACUGGCAAGUGGACACCUGCACCACCUGUACCUGCGUCUCCGGGGAGGUGCACUGCCGGAGCCAGCGCUGCCCCACAGCUGCCUGCGCCGCGGAUGAGACACCCGCGCUAACGCCAGGCAUGUGCUGCCCUCACUGCCUGCCCCGCCCCGCCACCUGCCUGGCCUUCGGCGACCCGCACUACCGCACCUUCGACGGGCGGCUGCUGCACUUCCAGGGCACCUGCACCUACGUCCUGGCCCAGGACUGCCGGGGGGGCGACUUCAGCAUCCACGUGACCAAUGACGACAGGGGGCGCCCGGGCGUGGCCUGGACCAAGGAGGUGACGGUGCAAGUCGGGGAUGCCGUGGUGCAGCUGCUGCAGGACUGGCUGGUCAGGGUGGACGGCCAGGUGGUGACGCUGCCCUUCCUCAAGGAGCCCCACCUCUACGUCGAGCGCCAAACCAACACCGUCCUGCUCAACACCAACAUCGGGGUGAAGGUGCUGUGGAGCGGGCGCUCACAACUGGAGGUCAGCGUGCCUGGCACUUACAAGGGGCACACGUGCGGCCUGUGCGGCGACUUCAACGGGCACCCGCAGGACGACGCCCGCCUGCGCUCGGGGCAGCUGGCCCGUGCCGAGGCCGCCUUCGGCAACAGCUGGAGGGUGCCGAGCGGGAACGGCACGGGCGGGCCGUGCGCCGAUGGGCGAGAUGUGGAUCCCUGCAAGGAGGCCGGCUACCGCGCCCGCAAGGAGGCCAACGCCCGCUGCAAGGUGCUGAAGUCGGGGGCAUUUGAGCCCUGCCACCCCCUGGUGCCCCCGGAGCCCUUCUUCGCCGCCUGCGUCUACGACCUGUGCGCCUGUGGGGCCGGGGCCGACCAGUGCCUGUGCGACGCGCUGGAGGCCUACGCCGCCCUGUGCCGCCGGGCCGGGCUGGCUCUGCGCUGGCGCUCACCCACGCUCUGCGCCGUCGGCUGCCCCCAGGACCGGGGCUACGUGUUCGACGAGUGCGGCCCGCCCUGCCCCAAGACGUGUUACAACAAGGACGCGCCGCUGGGGGCCAUCGAGUCGCGCUGCUUCACGCCCUGCGUGCCCGGGUGCCAGUGCCCUGCCGGGCGGGUAGAGCACGAGGCCCACUGCAUCCUGCCCGAGGCCUGUCCCCGGGUCGUCUACGGCAGCCUCUGAGCCCCCAAAGCCCCUGCCCCCGGGACCCCCGCGCCCUCCGCCAUGGCCCCGGGGCCGGCCACCCUCCCUGCCACAGCCCCCGGGACCCCCGCGCCCUCUGC